AUGCGCUGCAAAGCUGCUGUGGCAUGGGGACCAGGGGAGCCACUGGUAAUUGAGGAAGUUGAGGUUGCACCACCCCAGGCAAUGGAAGUUCGCCUGAAGAUCCUCUUCACUUCCCUUUGCCAUACUGAUGUUUACUUCUGGGAAGCUUCAGGGUUGAUCUUUGCAACACGGCCAACAUGGAUGGGAUGGGGUGUUGCUGUACUUGUUGGAGUACCAAAUAAGAAUGAUGCAUUCAGAACUCAUCCAAUCAAUGUCCUGACUGAGAAGACACUCAAGGGAACAUUUUUUGGCAAUUAUAAACCGCGAACUGACCUUCCUUCAGUGGUUGAGAAGUGCAUGAAUAAAGCAAACUCAUUUCUUUUGUCCAAAACUGAUAGGCUGUUGUGUGAAGUACCCAGAAGCAUCUUUAUGGAGAAGGAAGUUAUGGCAAGUUAUGUACCAAUUGUGUACAUCAAUUAA